ACCAUACUUGAUACUCCCAACACAACCAAAUUCUUGAGGAAGGCUCUUUAAAAUUCUGCACCACACUCAAAUUUUUAACUUUGAUCAAAUGGCUGAGACAAGCAAAGUUCUGAUCAUUGGAGGAACUGGCUAUAUUGGAAAAUUUGUAGUGGAAGCAAGUGCAAAAUCUGGACACCCCACUUUUGCUUUGGUUAGAGAAAGCACAGUUUCUGACCCUGUUAAGGGUAAAAUUGUUGAGAAUUUCAAGAAUUUGGGUGUCACAAUUAUUAAUGGUGAUUUGUAUGAUCAUGAGAGCUUAGUGAAGGCUAUGAAGCAAGUGGAUGUAGUGAUAUCAACAGUGGGUUCGAUGCAAUUGGCAGAUCAAGUUAAGAUCAUUGCUGCUAUCAAAGAAGCUGGCAAUAUUAAGAGAUUCUUACCUUCGGAGUUUGGUAUGGAUGUCGAUAACUUGAAUGCUGUGGAGCCAGCAAAAUCUACAUUUGCUGUGAAAGUCCAAAUCCGCAGAGCUAUUGAGGCUGAAGGAAUUCCCUAUACUUAUGUCGCAUGCAACUAUUUUGCUGGUUAUUUCUUACCAACUUUGGCCCAGCCAGGAGCCACUGCUCCUCCUCCACCCAGAGACAAAGUCAUCAUUCCCGGAGAUGGAAAUGUUAAAGCUGUGUUCAAUGAAGAACAUGAUAUUGGCACCUAUACCAUUAAGGCUGUUGAUGAUCUGAGAACGCUGAACAAGACCCUUUACAUCAAGCCUCCCAAGAACACCUUAUCGUUCAACGAGCUUGUGGCUAUAUGGGAGAAAUUGAUUGGUAAAACUCUCGAGAAAGUCUACGUUCCAGAGGAGCAAAUUCUCAAGGACAUCCAGACAUCUCCAAUGCCAAUCAAUAUCAUACUAGCAAUCAACCACGCAACAUUUGUGAAGGGUGAUCAAACCAAUUUUGAGAUCGAGCCAUCGUUUGGGUUUGAGGCCUCGGAACUUUAUCCAGAUGUCAAGUACACCACUGUGGAGGAGUACCUUGGUCACUUUGUCUAAAUUUUACAUGUUUGAUGUCUCCGAUCAGUCGAAUAAAUUGUUAGAUGAUGAGUGUUGUCAGCUAUUCUGCGUGGAACUAGGAGUGUGUGUUAACUGUGUCAUCAGAGACAUGUUGAAUAGUAUGUUUAAAGUCUGUUUUUACCACCCGUAAUGAGUACUAUAAUGGAACUACAGAAAAUGGAAGAUGUUUCGUGUC